AUGUGGACAGUCAUCCUUGGAUCGUCUCUCCUUCUCGUCGCUGGAGCCCAAGCUGGUCCUGCGCCGCUCCUAUUGAAAGGAAUCGACGGAAACUGGUCAACUAUUUCCUUCUCACUGGGCUCAAACUCACAGGCCGUUGAUGUUCUUGUGAGCACAGCUCUUUCGGAAUUUUGGGCUGUUGGAUCAGGAGGAUGUUUACCUCGGGAACCUCAUUGUAGUGCUGCUCGGGGUGGCAUUUAUGAACCCGAGGAAUCCACCGAUUGGCGAUCGUUGGGAACCUGGGAGCUGGGACUCAGCUACCUAGGGUACGGAGGCAAUGGCGAGUAUGGUCGCGACAGAGUCACCACGCAAAGUUCGACCAGCUCGGAGCCAUAUUCGAUGGAUGGGGUCCUCAUGGCUGCCGUCAACACCACCAGUUACCUCAACGGACUCUUUGGCUUAGGGAUCACACAGGGCAACUUUAACGGAACAGUUGCAGAAUCGCCAUUGACUCAGGCAGUCAAGGACUACGGCUGGAUUCCCAGUUACAGCUUCGGCUACACAGCCGGUGCCCAUUACAGAAACGUUCCCGUCUCGUUGACCCUCGGAGGCUAUGAGCCGUCGAGAUUCAAAUCGCACAAUGCCGACUUCACCUUGACUCAACCUGAUAGCAUGGAGCAAACUCUCGUCCGUGGUAUCGAGAUCAUGCCCGCCAAUGGCAGUGUUGCCCCGGAUAGCUGGGGCUCAGAGUCAAUGCUGCUCUCAGAGUGGGAAACGUCGUUUGAUGCUAUUUUUGAUAGUAGCACUCCAUAUUUAUGGCUUCCGGAUGAUGUCUGCGAUCAGUUCGCAGCAGCACUUAACCUCACAUACAACAGCACCUUUGACCUUUACCUCAUUAGCAACGAGCAAUACCGCGAGUACUCAAAGGCAGAUACCUUGUCUCUCACCUUUGUACUGUCCAGCUUCGACAACAACGACAACUUUGGCGAUCCCUAUGACGUAUCUGGCGUUGUCAACAUUACCUUGCCACUGAGAGCCUUUGUCAGUCUCCUUCAGUACCCUUUUAUGGAAGAGACGAUCAAGUAUGGCGAGCCUGCGGUCCCUUAUUUCAUGCUUCGGAAGGCACAUAACAAUACCACUUAUAUCCUCGGCCGGUCAUUCUUGCAGGAGUCAUAUCUCAUCACCAAAUACGACGAGGGAAUCUUUUCAAUACACCAGGCCCUCUUCCCCGAAGAGUCAUCAUCUGACCCCGAGUUGGUCGCCAUUGGACAACCUGACAACAGUCCUUACCCACCACCUUUCUCAGGUACCUCACGAAAUGGACUUUCUAAGGGUGCGAUUGCAGGGAUUGGAGUUGGCUCUGGGGUGUUUGUGGCCUGCGUGGCAGCCUUGGUGGGAUGGCUAUGUUAUCGUCGGAAACGAAAGGGUUUUGCUGGAAGCGCUACCUCUUCGGAAGACGACAAAGACUUGGCUCCCGGUUCAGCGACUCGAUCGCCUCGGUCACCUAUUAUGCAACUACUCUCUAAACUAACUCGACGGGGCAACUCGCAUCAGACUCCCAAGGACGGGAAGGAGAACGAAAAGAUAUCCGAAGCCCCCAACACGCAGAUAUACGAGAUGCCAGCUCCGAUUCCGCCGGCGGAACUUGACGGAGAUGACGGCACCUCAUGGAAUGGAGAUACAGAACUGGGCACAGACAGCUCGCAAGGCAUAUCCGCAUAUGAGGUGGCAAGGCGGAAGCUUGACAGACAGCUACAAGGUCCUGUCCCAGCGUAUACGCCUCCUACCGACGGAACCGUGUUGCCUCCAGAGAAGGCCAUCUACCAACCAAACCCAGCAAACACCCAACCUCGUGCGUUGCAACGCUCACCAACUCCAUCGACAGGAACGGGUCAAGAAGGCAACUCAAAUCCAACCUCGAUACCCUUGCCGUCUCCUAUGACUCCUGGAUUCGACGCAACUGGCCGGCCGCUCUUAGUGGCCUCUCCCAUGACGGCCACCUAUCCCGUCUCACCUACUCAUGACGGGAGCACCUCACCAACCUCACCUUUCCCCCCGUCUUCGGACGGCCAGACCAAUGGUUCCACAGGAACGAGGCGGCCUCACUCGGGAGUUGACUCAUUCUCGGCAUCAAACACCUCAUUGAAUGUACCGCAACCUCAAACGGUGCAAAGGACACCGAUUGACCCGUCCAAGGUGGUGUUCCUAGGGCCAUUGCCCGGAAAUGCUCGCUUUUCCAGACACGAUACGCCUCGAAUCACAUUAGAUCAAAGCCAUCAGGAUGAUGUUAUCAACGCCGCACCGGACGAUGAGGGCACCGUGGAUAGUUUGGGCAGUAACUUUACGGUGGAGGAGGAGGAGCGAAUACAAGGAACAGUGGCCGGGCAAGUAAAUCGAACGACGAACCGGACAUCUACUCAGGUACAGUCUACGCGAUUGUCGGGCAUGAGUCAAACAGCUGAGCCCGAUACGCCUCAUAGCCAAGAGCGCAUCGACGGGGGCAAUGAGCUGGUCCACGUCCCACAACUAGCCGAGAGGCGGUACAGCUGGGAGGAAGAGCGAUGA